CCCUCCCUCCCUCCCUCCCGCCCCCACCAAAUCUGGGAGUUCCCGGACGCCAUUGCCCCCACCUUUUCCCCCCAGCACAAGGAAAGCACGCCAGCGAGAGAAGGAACAGCAGAGGCUGCACGGCAGAAUUACCGUGAGCAAUUCGGAAGCCGCGCCGGAGCCGGGUCGAAUCGGGCCGUGGCGAGGGGAAAUGUCCGGCUUCGUCGGGGUCGUCGUCUCCGACCCCUCCCUGCAGGGCCAGUUCACGCAGGUCGAGCUCCGAUCGCUCAAGGCCAAGUUCGUGUCUCUGAAGAGGGACUCCGGCCAUGUCACCACCAAGAACCUCCCGGGGCUGAUGAAGAAGCUCAGGGGACUUCACGAAGUGGUCCCCGAGGAGGAGAUCGCCGCUUUCUUGUCGGAGUCGUACCCCGACAGCGACCAGGAGAUUGAGUUCGAGUCCUUCCUCCGGGAGUACCUGAAUCUGCAAGCAAGGGUAAGCGCCAAGGAAGGAAGCGCCACUGCUGGCGGCGGCGGGGCUGGCGGCCGCAAGAACUCGUCGUCGUUCCUCAAAUCCACCAUCACUACGCUGCUGCACAAUCUCAACCAGGCGGAGAAGUCUUCUUACGUGGCGCAUAUUAACACUUACCUUGGUGAAGACCCAUUCUUGAAGAAGUACUUGCCAAUCGACCCAUCCGGCAACCAGCUAUUCGAUCUUAUUAGGGAUGGUGUGCUGCUCUGUAAGUUGAUCAAUGUAGCUGUACCUGGGACCAUUGAUGAGAGAGCAAUAAAUAAGAAAAGAGUUCUUAACCCAUGGGAGAGGAAUGAAAACCACACACUGUGCCUCAACUCUGCAAAGGCCAUUGGAUGUACUGUUGUCAACAUUGGCACCCAGGAUUUAGUGGAAGGAAGGCCUCAUUUAGUUCUUGGAUUGAUAUCUCAAAUCAUAAAGAUUCAACUUUUGGCUGAUCUUAAUCUUAAGAAGACACCCCAGCUUGUGGAAUUGUUUGAUGACAGUAAGGAUAUAGAUGAGGUGUUGAGCUUGUCACCAGAAAAGAUGCUGCUUCGAUGGAUGAACCAUCAUCUGAAAAAGGCUGGCUACAAGAAAACUGUUAACAAUUUCUCUUCGGAUGUGAAGGAUGGUGAAGCCUAUGCUUAUCUUCUAAAGGCUCUUGCUCCAGAGACUUCCCCUGAAACCACACUGGAGACUAAGGAUCCUGAUGAAAGGGCAAAAAUGGUACUUGAACAAGCAGAGAAGUUGGACUGCAAAAGAUACCUUACACCAAAGGAUAUAACUGAGGGUUCUGCCAACUUGAAUCUUGCAUUUGUUGCACAAAUAUUCCAGCAUCGGAAUGGUCUAACUAGUGACAUUAAACAAGUUACACUCACACAGUCAGCAUCACGUGAUGAUGUUCUAGUAUCCAGAGAAGAAAGGGCCUUCCGAAUGUGGAUCAACAGCCUUGGGGUCGGGUCAUACGUGAAUAAUGUUUUUGAAGAUGUUCGCAAUGGAUGGGUACUUCUUGAAGUACUUGACAAAGUUUCUCCUGGAUCUGUCAAUUGGAAGUUGGCAUCAAAACCUCCAAUUAAGUUGCCAUUUAGGAAACUGGAGAACUGCAAUCAAGUUGUAAAAAUUGGGAAGGAGUUAAAGUUUUCAUUAGUAAAUUUAGCUGGGAAUGAUAUUGUUCAGGGAAAUAAGAAAUUGAUAGUUGCACUUCUGUGGCAAUUGAUGAGAUUUAAUAUCCUUCAAUUGCUAAACAGACUGAGAUCCCACUCCAAAGGAUCCCAAGGAAAGCAAAUUACUGAUGCAGAUAUACUGAACUGGGCAAACAGCAAAGUGAAAACAUCCGGAAGAACAUCUCGAAUGGAAAGCUUCAAGGAUAAGAGCUUAUCAAAUGGAGUGUUCUUUCUUGAACUUCUUAGUGCAGUUCAGCCAAGGGUUGUGAACUGGAAAGUGGUUACAAAGGGAGAAGCUGACGAGGAAAAGAAGCUAAAUGCUACCUACAUCAUUAGUGUUGCAAGAAAGCUCGGAUGUUCUGUGUUUCUACUGCCAGAGGACAUCAUAGAGGUGAACCAGAAGAUGAUCCUAACUCUUACAGCUAGCAUCAUGUAUUGGAGCCUGCUGAGACAACCACAGCCUGAAAUAUCUGAAGCAUCAGAGCCAUCUAGCAUGGCUUCGGACGCAACUUCCGACAUUGGCUCGGAGGAUGGUGCUUCGACAGCGGCACCGUCUGAGAGCGAAGAGGCAAACUCACUGUCCGACAGUCUAUCCACCCUGACCACAGACGACGCCACCUCAAAUGCUCCAGCUGCAGAAAACGGGAACGACGCCACCCCAGAUGCUCCACUUGCAGAAAACGGGAACGACGCCACCCCAGAUGCUCCACCUGCAGAAAACGGGAACGACGCCACCCCAGGUGCUCGACCUGCAGAAAACGGGAACGACGCCACAUGAUCCUGAUGGUUAUAUUUUCGUCCGUAGCGCUGUCCAUCAAUUAGCUUUAUAUACAAGGGUUGGUACCAAAAGUUGCUGCUGCUACCAGAAGUGAAUUUUUCUCCUGCUUUUCAGGUAGCAUAAUAGGUACACACCAUCAUACAGAUAGAUCGUAGCCGCCGUUUGUUCAUUAAGUUAAAUUUUGCUGAAUAGCAAGUACUAUACGGGAGAAAGAGAGAAAUACAGACACAUACAUAUAGUAGGCCGCCGGUUGGUUUGGUUGGCUGGCCAUUUCCUGUACACUCUUUAGUGCACAGCUCCAUUGCUCAACUCGUGCCUUGUCGGUCCGUCCAUGUGCUCCGUAUUUUUUCCUUCCAAUUUGCUGUACUGCUUGGACCAUUAUCAUUUUUGUACCAAACUGUCGUCGCUGCUGUGGAGUGUGGACCAUGCAUGAUGAGCUGUACAUAAAAAUGUUGAUUUCUGGCAUGCCAAGGAAUCGCUGUACUCCCUUCGUUCCUAAAUAUAAGUUUUUUUAGAGAUUCCACUACAACCUACAUACGGAUGUAUAUAGACAUAUUUUAGAUAUAUUUUAGAGUGUAGAUUUACUCAUUUUGCUCCGUAUGUAGUCCAUAGUGAAAUAUCUAAAAAGACUUAUAUUUAGGAAUGGAGGGAGUACACAUUAUGCUAGUAGUAGAAGUAUUGUUGGGGCAUUCUUGUUCCUUUGCGUGCAAUGUGACGUGUCGGAUAGCGAUUUGUAAAUCAGUGAGCGCGAUGUGCAUCGGGAAUUAUUAGUAGUAGCUGUUUGAAAUGGAUCAAUCACGCAUGCCUGGGAAUUAAUUAGCUGUUUCUUCUUCUUGACAGUAAUGGAUUUGCACCGUACUAUUCGUUGGUCUGCAUGAAUGAGACCCAGGACGUGCAUUCCGCAUGAACAAUACGGGUACCACUAAGCUGCUGGAAAAUUACUGGCGUUUCUUUUUUCUUAGAAGAGAAAGACAAGGGCGCUGCGGAACAUGGCACCGAGAUGACGAGUCGCGGGACUGCACUGCGUGUGCGUCUUCCGAUGAGCCUGCGUCGCGCAGGCAGCAGGCUACAUAAAUUCGCGGGCACACACACAGCGGCCGAGGUCACCACCGGGCCGGCCGGAGACAGCAGCAUAACCAUGCAGGGCUGGGCUCCAUGCCAUUUCCUCCCCUCCCCGCCUUGAUACUACGCACUGCUCCCUCCCUUGCUUGCUCCCCGAAGUCAAGUUGUAGUAAAGCCGGGGUGAGGCCACACCGCCACCACCACCACCCUCCGCCCCACCGCUGCACACCGUCGAUGGUUCCAUCCGUGCCCUGCCGUGCGCACGCGCGUCGUCGUCAAGCUGGAACCCGAUGCAUCGUCGUCGAGGUCGCUCCCGGGUGGCACCGGCCAUUGCCCCGGCUUCCUCCUCCGCGUGCCGUGUCCUCCGACGAUGGAGGAUAGUUGCUGCUGAUAGGGCGGUGACGUGGUGGUCGAGGAAUUGAGCCGGCCAGCUUUGCCACCAUUCCUAUCAUCCGCGGCGACAUGGCAUACAUGGGGCACGCCAGGCAUUUCAUCUCCUACCUUCUCUACCUAGCUAGUUACUAUACUAGUUAGUACUCAGUAGGGGUUAUAUUAGCAGUAGUUAGUUUCUUGCUCUUCGUUCUCGUUUUAGCUUUUCUCUGCAACCGACCAUACCACGGUUGCUGUUGCUGUGAAUAACCUUGGCUAUUGAUUUGUAUCUGUUUUCGGGGAAGAGAAAUCAGCCGACGGGUUUCGAUCCUA